CUAUCAUAGAAUAAUGAAAAUAACAUCUUUCUAAAUAGAUGUACGAGUUAAAAUUUGUUCUCUGUCAUCUUGAUCGUUUUCAAAUUCAAUUUUUCAAUGAACACGGUGUCUUUGUUGUCGUUUGUAACAUUUAUAUAACUUCUUAUAGUCCAUGAAAUCCGAUGAACAUGGGCUGGGGAAUAAGUAAACUGGACAACCCCCAAACAGCUGAAAAGAUCAAAAAAUUAAUCAAAGAUUUGGACACUGAAUGCGAUGAGGUACUACGCAACGACAUGAGACCAGUGGAGGUGGCGCUGAUGGUAAUGCUUCAUCGAAAACAUACGGACACAAUUGCCUAUAAUGCAUCUGAAAUCAGAUGGACGUGGAGGAAAGGGUCAUUGAAAUCAGACUAUAAUGAAAGACUACAGAAACUGAAGAUGGAGGGAAAACUAGCUGAAAAGGGGUCUUUGGAUUCUGAAAAUUAUAUCAACAAAGUUAAACAGGAAUUAAUCAAAGUCGAUUCAAACGUCUUCCCAGAUGAUAACAAUGAAUCGGAGAAUGAAUCCAGCAAUAAUGAAAGCGAAGAAAAGCUGACGAGAUAUUUCAAUGAACAGAACAUAAAGCUGGCUAAACUAAACAAAGCAAGAAUUCAAGAGAUCAUAGCCGAAUAUGAGCAUGAUAAUUCAUCAGAUGCUGUUGCUGAUAUUACAAUCAGAGACAAUCUUCUGAAGAAACUAGAUGAGUUGAAUACUCGUUACAAGGAAGAUAUGUUGAGGCAUUUGAAAACUCAAACAGAGAGAAUGACAGACAUUUUGAACAAAUAUCACGAAGAUCAAUUGGAAAUGGUGAAGAAGAUGGACGAAGAACGAGUGAAUGAGAAUGAAAAACGGACAUGUCCUUUAUCUUCUGAAUUGCUGGAUAAAUUAAAAGCAGACGGUGAUCCGGACCUGGAUCUUAACAGUCAACGACUGAUAGACGAUAUGACAAACAACGUCAGGAAGAAAACAGCAAACUCCGACGAACUCCGGAAACUCUUUACAGAUCACUGUGGGAGAGAGCUACAGCUCAGAGUUAGUGUGCAAUUACCUCACAGAGAGGAGGUACAUAAUGAAGAUGAACCGCAACAAUACAGAGAUGCUGUGGCCAGACAUGUAAGAGAUUACCACACGAUUUCGGCAGGGUCAGUAAUUGUCAGAGGAAGUAUAGUACAAGAAAACUUUCGUGCGUUGAGGGAGGGAGCAAGCACUUUAAGAUGAAUGCUUAUCGAUGUUUUCCAUGCUGCAUGCAUAAUUGUGUUACCAUGUAACCUGUACAGGAUCGACAAAGUUUUAUUAAGUAUCAAAUAUUAGCUACGAAUGGGGUCAAUCAACAAGCUUACAAUGUAUAGUCCUUUAACGAAAUGUGUUAUAAAAAUGCAUUCCAUACAUUGAAAGGUCACCUUCCAUAUAUCACUAGGCCACUUUUCAUACAUUAUUAGCUCACCUGAAUCAAUCAGGUUACAUAUUGCUAUUGGUUCAUCAUCGUCCGUCGUACGUUAACAGUUUAACUUCUUCAUAACUACCCAUCUAAUUUUUGUCAAGGUCAUGGAUUUAUUGUUAAGAGAGGAACAUUAAUUCUAAAUCUCGGGAUCCUGUAGCCCAUAGCUAAGUAGUAUACACCAUGCAUCCAUCUGUAUUUAGAAAUAUUUCAUUAGUAAACGACAAUAUUAAUAUACAAGGUAUAAGAAACACUGAUUAUUGUAUAUGAGAGGAAAACUAUAUUUGUCUACCGAAACAAUAACUACUUGUAUUUUCCAUAGAUAUAACUGUUUUAUGUAAGUCAUAUCAAUUUGCAGUAAAUCUCUUGGGAGUAUUUGAAAACUCACAAAAAAGUAACAAUAUCACGCCUAAACUCUAGAAUUGGCAUACAUGUUAUACCAUUAAACACGUUAUUGUCUUCUAUCUGAAUCUGAUAAAAAUAAUGUGCAUGUAAUAAAAUUUCAUUUUGAAAAUAUUUCGGCGAGUCUUUUUAAAACCUUUUGUAGAUCAGCGUGAGGCUAACAAAAGAAUGCUUGAAAACUGCCAAAAUUUUACAAUUUUGAAAAAUCUUCUUUACAACCACUCAAGUGUAAGAGAAAGCAAACGCAUAGUGCCUUAGAGCAAGAGGACUUCUACUACUAUUGUAGAUUUCAUGUAUGUCAAGUAUGAACAAUGGUUCCAUAAAUGAAACCUGUAAAAGAUGUCUUAAGCUACAAACGUAACAGUGAUAUCCAACCCAGUUACAUGUACCAUAAUUAUUUUACAAUAAAUAUGUAAGGCGUACAUAACCCGCGGCCCUCGAGCAAAACAAAACCUCGUUUUGAUUAAUGUGUUUUACACAGAGGAUACACUUGAAGAAAAUAUUAUUUGCUCGAGACUUGUGCUGGGAGUUCAGUUUUACGUUUCGUCUUGAUUCCCGGUGGCGUAUUCAUAGGGGUGUAUCAGAUGAUGCAGCUGUAUUCACCAUGUAAUCAUGAGGCAGAUCAAGUAAGAAAAAUGAUAUAUUUUGACCAAGUAUCAACAUGUUAGAUAUAUUGUAUUGAAAGUAAACAUUAACGGCAAACUGACAAAUCAACUGUAUGAUAAACGGGAUAAUGUCAGGUUCUCCAUCGUCAACUACCCAUAUUUAUAUAGCAAUAUUCCAUUAUCAACAGCAUCUGGUGUUUAUAUUUCUCAACUGAUUCCAUACGCAAGAGCUUGUUUUGCGUAUGGUCAGUUUGUAAAUCGAGGCAAGCUACUGACAAACAAGUUGAUGGUACAGGAGUUUCAACAGUCUCGAUUGAU